UCAUUUUAGGGUUUGGUAGCCGUCAAAUUACCUGGAACUUGAGCACUCUUCUCUUUCAGACUCAACAAAAUGACGAAGAGGACAAAGAAGGCUGGCAUCGUUGGAAAGUAUGGUACCCGUUAUGGUGCUAGUCUGCGUAAGCAGAUCAAGAAAAUGGAGGUCAGCCAGCAUAGCAAGUACUUUUGUGAAUUCUGUGGAAAGUAUGCUGUGAAGAGAAAGGCUGUUGGAAUCUGGGGCUGUAAGGAUUGUGGCAAAGUUAAAGCAGGCGGUGCAUACACAUUGAAUACUGCUAGUGCUGUGACAGUCAGGAGCACAAUUAGAAGGCUGAGGGAGCAAACGGAGAGCUAAGUGCAGUUGGUUUAUCUGGGAAUUAGCAACAUGUUGAUCAUGAUAUCUCAAUUUUUAAGUCUUUGUUUUACUUACCAGCUUUGUAGUAGUGGUCAUGACAUUUUUUGUGAAUCAGUUCCAGAUUUAACUUCUGUUUUUUAUUUGAAAUAUUUUGAUGUUAAGCUACACAAAAACAUGAUAUUAUGUGGUUGAUGCUUAUUUAGUUCCUA